AUGAUUGGUCGGCAUGAGUAGCUUCCUGCUAGCUUGUAUCUUACACGAGGGAUGUUAAUAGGCAUUAUUUUACUCUUACCGUAAAACUUUUUUUAAAUAUAAAUUGUCGAACGAUCGAAUCACUUGAAAAGACUGAUAUUGUGAAUAUCGAGUAGUGAGUGCGAACACAAUAAGUUAACGUAAUGGCAUUAAACCCCCAAUAUGAAGUUAUCGGAAAGGGUUUUGUACAACAGUAUUAUGCGAUGUUUGACGACCCCGCUCAAAGACCAAAUUUAAUAAAUAUGUAUAAUACUGAGUCAUCUUUCAUGACAUUUGAGGGUUUGCAAAUACAGGGUUCUAUUAAAAUCAUGGAAAAAUUAACUAGUUUAACAUUUCAAAAAAUAAAUCGGAUAAUAACUGCUAUUGAUUCACAACCAAUGUUUGAUGGUGGCGUACUCAUUAAUGUUUUAGGAAGGUUACAGACUGAUGAGGAUCAGCCCCAUGCAUACAUCCAGACAUUUGUCCUGAAGCCAAUUGGCACCAGCUUUUACGUGCAGCAUGACAUCUUCAGACUUGCUCUGCACAACACGGCAGAUGAAGAUCCACCACAUGCCUUCUCACAAAUUUUUGUGCUGAAGCCACUGGGGAAUUCAUUUUUCUGCCAGCAUGACAUCUUUCGCCUUGGUAUUCAUGAUAGUGCAUGAACAGAAUGUCUGCAAGUUUAUCAUGAUUAAUAGCAGACAGGUAUCUGAGGCAUGGACUCCCCAGAGAUUGAAAUAAGUGAGCUACUUUCUCCUUAAUAUCCUUUGUCAUCACAUAUUAUUCCAUUCUUUAUAGAUACUGCAGUUUUUAUAUAAAAAAUAUUCGCUUAUAUCUUG